AUGGCAAAGAACGUCAUUAUUGACAAUGGUCAGUACGCUCUGAAGUUUGGAAACGCUGCGCAAGAUGCUCCGCACACUGUGCCCAACUGCAUUAUAAGAACACAGGAUAAAAGAGUGCAUUUAGGAUCAACGCUGAGCUCACAGCAGUCGUUGAGAGACUUGGCUGUUCUCUCCGGUGGACUCUCCGGUAUUGCGUUCCAGCGACCGAUUCGGAAGGGACAGUGUUUCCAGUGGAACCUAGAGCACCAGAUCUGGGACAACGGAUUCAUCGACUCUAAAGUGGAUUCAGGCAAUGGCGACUUCCUCGAGGACUCAAACCUAUUGUAUGUCGAGUCCCCGAUCACACUCCCAAAGUUCCAGAACAUGACGGACCAGAUCCUCUUUGAGGAGUUCGGGAUAGGGAACCUCGUGCGGUAUUCGGCCCCGGCGCUAGCACCCUGGUUGGACUCCUUCGGCGACAACGAGAACUACAAGGACAAAGAAACAAAGUACAGAAACUUCCAGUUAGUCAUCGACUCGGGCUUUGAUGCCACCUGGAUUGUCCCCGUGAUUUACGGAAUUCCGUACUACCGUGCUAUUAGAAAGCUACCCAUUGCAGGCCGAUUUUUGGAUGGAUACCUGCGAGAGGUGGUUUCUUUCCGACACUACAACAUAGUGGAGGAGCCUGUUCUUGUCAAUGCAAUUAAGCAUCAGACAUGCUACGUGGCUGUGGAUUACAACGAAACGCUAAACAAGCUCACAAGGCUGAAGAAGAAUCCUCGUGAGUUGAUUAAUUCCGAGUUAUCUCUGUCCUACGUCUUACCAAACAACAAGACAGACUUCCUGGGACAUCCAAUUCUAGACAAGUCUAAAAUUCAGUCCCUCUUGCUCACAGACGAAAGAUUUCUGAUUCCUGAACUUUUGUUUCAUCCGCAGUUGGCCGGAGUAUACAAGGCAGGAUUGAUCCAGACCAUAAAAUCCUCGCUCGAUGCGGUGCCGGAACUAUUACAGCCUCUGCUAGUGAACAACAUUGCUUGUAUUGGCGGAACGUCGAACAUCCCAGGAUUUGCAGAAAGAAUAGUGAAGGAUUUGGACCCAGAAGUCCCUGUGGAGGCACAGACAAAAGUUUCGAAUUACAGUAAUAUUACUAAUGACACGAGUCUGUUGUCGUGGUAUGCGGGGAAGUCGUUUUUUGCUAACGGAGGGUUUGAGAAGAUAAAGAUGACCAAGGCAGAUUACGCCGAGUUUGGUGCUGAAUAUGCGCAGGAUAAGUUCAGUUUCAAACUGUAA